AUGAAGGGUCAAAACACUCGCCAACAUAAAUCCAGUGGUUCCGGCUCGAACACGAACUCACCUGGUCCGGGAUCAUUCCAAAAUGGUCACAGGCGUUCCAAUUCCCGUUACAAUGGCAAUUCCAAGGAGAACCCACAGACUGCCUCCCUGCAAACAGACCACAAUGCUGCUAACAACAGAUUAGUGGACCUUCUUGCCAAGUCUUUGGGUAAAAUAACAAUUGCCACUGUAUCUUCAGGUGCACGUUACCUGGGCUUAUUGCAGGCUGCUGAUGCUGAGUCCGUGGGCUCGAAUGCUCUCUCUGUCGUGUUGCACAAGCCAGUGUUGAUCUCCAAGGCCGUGCUUGACGAAAAGUCAAAUGCUGACAAUUCCUUGCCAGAGAAGUUGGUUAUCCAAGCGAAGGACUUGAUUGAUAUCGAGGUAAACACAGCUCCUAAGGCGGAAGUUGUUCUGGCUCCAAAAGAAGAAGAAGACCUUGAAAAGAGCACCGAAAAGGCCACUGAAAAGAGUACUGAAAAACCUUCAACGUCCGAUGUGCCCAAGAAAUCUGAUUCCCAGACCAAAAAGGCUAAGGAGAAAUCCCCAACUCCUCCAGCUCAAGCCCAACCACCUGCUGAAGCAAAGCCUGUGUCACCACCCGCUCCCCAGCCUCAGGCAGCUCCACAACCAGAAAUUUACAAGCCACCAAGAAGAGCAGAGUUCCGUACUGACAAGGAUAUUUCAUCUACUUACCAGGUUAGAGAAAGAGAGUUGCAGCGUUGGACCCCUGAUGAUGACUCUCUUGCUGUGUCAUUGGAGGAAACAACUGGGGGAAGUGGCGCUUGGGAUCAGUUUAAGGUGAAUGAAGAAAAAUUUGGUGUCGAAUCUUCAUACGAUGAACAUUUGUACACCACCAAGAUUAAUAAGGACACAAAGGACUAUAACGAAAGGUUGCAACGGGCACAAAGGCUCGCUAGGGAAAUUGAGGGACAGUCGACUACUGAUAAGCAUGUUCUAGAAGAAAGAGGUGUGGUUGUGGAUGAUAGCGGCUUGGAUGAAGAAGAUAAGUACUCGGGUGUUCAAAAAGAACAAUCGGACACAAGAGGCAAUGAACUCAUGGCUGCUUUAAGAAACAGCAUGAACGCAAGCCCUUCUUCACAAGAGAUCUCAUCUAAAGCUAACGCUUCUACACAACGUGGAGCUCACUACCAUGACGAUCCAGCGAUUGUCUCCAGUUCUGGCGCUCGUAAGCAUGCAUCUCAUGAGAGAAGUGAAAGUGGAAAGCCUACUAGUCAAACUCCUCAUGAGGUUGAUCAGUCUUCGAAGCCAAGUUCAAUACCUCCCAAGCCACCACUCCCAACAAAUGAGCUGUUCCGCUUGAAUGCACAAAGCGAAAUCAAUGCUUUACGGGAAUUUAGUGCAAAUUUCAAAGUUCCUCACAAAAUGCCUAACGAUCUUUUGCCAAUUUUGGCCAAGGAUAAGAUGAAGCAAGACGAGAUCCUCAAACGCCAGGAUUCUCCAAAAAAGAGUAAUGCAGAGCCUCGGAAGGAGGGAAACCGUUUCAAGUUGAAUCCUAAGGCCGCAGCCUUUACCCCUUCCUUUUCUCCAGCUGCUGCUCAGAAGCUGUCAAAUGCAUCGCCUAAUCCACCUAAGGCGCACUUCGGCUCGCCUCAAAAUCCAUCUCCUCGGAUACAUCACUCAAGACCCCAUAGCAACGCCUCUAGUUCUGCUCCGGGCAAGAGGCAUCACAAGGUUACGGCCGUUGAGUUCUUCGGCAGUCAAGAGAAGGUGCCGACUGAAAAGAGCCAAAAAGAAAAGAUUGCCAAAUUUAAGGAACUGUUCAAUUUGUUCAACACGGCAAAACUGAAGCAAGAAGACAAGUCCACCCCUGUCGUCUUAGAGAAGGCUUUCCAGACGCCGCCAACCUGGGAUUCUACCAUAGAGGAGAACUAUGAGGAGUACAUCAAGAAGCAGUCGGAAUCCGGAAGCAAGUCGCCACAAGUGCUCGUUCCUCCUGCUAUGCCAUUUAUGGCAUCGCCUAUGAUGGGAAUGCCUAAUGCCAGUCCCCAGAUGGCUCCCCCUGCAUUCCCCGGAACCCCAAAUCCAAAGUUCCCUCUUUCGCCAAUGCAAGGACAGCAUCCAAACAUGGCUGCACAAUUCCAGCAGCAGCAGCAGCAACAACAGCAGAUGGCAAUGAUGUACCAAAUGCAAGGUGGGGUUCCACCAGGAGCACAUCAACUAAUGUAUCCUCCACCGGAUCCUCAGUUUAUGCCGCCAGGAGGUUUCAUGAUGCCUGGAGGCUUUGUUGGCUCUCAGAGUCCCGUGGGUGAACAUGUGAUGAUGGGAAGUGGAAGUCCAUAUAUGGGCAAUGCUAGCAUGCAAGUCAUCAUGAGUGAAGCUGCAUUAUCUAGAGUCUCCAAUCUCCUAAGGGAUGAGAACGAUUUACAGAAAAUUGACGAGCUUCGGCCUACUCAAGACCAGAUCGAUUUUAUAUUCUCCAAUUUAGCCAGACUACAGCAAUCGGUUGAUAAACUUUCCCUUGUUAAAAGAAACAUUGAGAAGAUUGAUACGAUCUACGAUGAUUCUAUCACGAACGUUGCCGAGUACGAUACCCUCAAAAACAUUACAAAUGUUCACCAGACAAUGAUCCAAGUCCAGAACUUGUACACUGACAUUGCCAACUUCCGCAAAUUCUUAGACCAUAUUAGCAGCAUGAUUGAAUCUGAGUUGUCCAUCAUUUCUGAAGAUACCCUGUACCAGCUUGUGAACAUCUACAGGAUUCACUUCAAUGUAACCCAGGUAAGAAAUUUCGCCGAAUACAUGGAGACAGAGGCUGGUCACUUAUCCGAUGAUGUCCAGCUGAUUGUGCAAAAAUUGCUAUUCGAUGAGUUGCUUAAGGAAAUUUGUAUUAGUGCUACUGAAGCUGCAAAAGAGGGCAACUUAAACUUAGUCUUCAAAUUGAUAAAGAUCUUACAAUACGAAAACAAGGAAGACGUGAAGGCCACCUUACAAGAAAAAUUGGGUCUUAUAAGUAAGGAAGGCUUGAAGACCAUAAACUAUUCUGAGUAUCGAGUGAAACCCAGAAACUAUAUGAAGUUUUUCUACUCAAAGCUUGAAGAAAGUAUUAAAGACACAUUCAGUCGAUGUGUGGACCAUUUUGAUGACAAGAUGGAUGUUUAUGAUAGUCUUGGAUGGCUUCGAGAGGAAUUGGAAUUCACUGUUCAAACGUUCGGCCCCAUGUUUCCGGAAGCGUGGGCAGUCAGUGACUUCAUUGAAAAAUCGUACUAUAACCAUUUGCAUAAGUUCACAAUGGAUAUGAUUGCGACAAACCCACCAGCAGAAGACUUGAUGCGUAUCCUUGAUUAUGAUACCUACCACAGCGAUAUGAUGGUUGCGUUGCAUGGAGGUGACAAAUCGAAGAAGGAACUCAAGUCUAUAUUGGGUGAAGAUCUCAAGGCCUCCGUUCUUGGUGACUACAUGCGUGUUAUUGAUACUAAGAUGUAUGAAUGGAACGACACACUUAUGAAGAACGAGUCGACCUACUUCCUUCUGCGUACUAUGGAGCCGGACGUGGUACCUCAUCACCAGGUGAUUGAAGACCUCGAUCAGUUCGAUCACCCAUUUGUUCGGGAAGAGACAAAGGAUAUUUAUGUCUUGGCAGAUUACAAGACAUCCUUGCAAAUGUUGAAGGAUCAUGCCGAUGUUGCAGCAAAAUCUGGCUAUGGCCGUGUUUUGGUUGAAGUCAUCGAACACUGGUGUCAGUGCUACAAUGCCAGAAUUGAUAACUACAUGAAGCUCGUUGAUCAAGAGGUUGGUAAUUUUAUGGCGCUUUAUGGUAACGAUAAACUUUUGUUGAAGGAGAGCAAGAUGAAGCGUCUCUUUAGGUUCAAGGCUCACGAUGAAGAGUUGGACUUGGAAAAUAUGACUAACGAAGAAAAGACGGCUAUCUCCAAACCUGGUCUCGAAGAUUAUUUGACGGCUUUGGGUAACACAUAUGAGAUCAACUCUGACCGUUUACAAGACAAGUUCUUGCCAAACUACAUGAACAAAGUCCAUUCUCAGUACACUGAUCGUAUAGAGCAAGCGAUCAUGAGCACAAUUGGACCAAGUACUGAUCUUAAUGCUGUGGUUGUACGUGCCCAUGCCGACAUGAUUGUGAACGAUACAAUUCCAGUCUUAUGCAAGGUCUUUACAAAGGACUGGUACCUAGAUUCUGACUUCGAGACUGAGCAAGGCAAGAACAUUGCUCAGCUUAUAACUGCAUCCAUUACCGAAGAGGGUAUGCCUCCUAUUCAACAAUGGGGUACCUACGAUCUACACUUCAUUACAUUGACUGUGAUGCUAGACACAUUUAUUAAAGCAUACCUUCGCAUCGGUUACAACAACAUAUUACACGGGGAUGGCAAAAAGAUUGAUCCACAGGCUAGCAGACGUUAUAAAUCGUUUGCAGAAGCCGUUUCUCGAGAUGUCGGUGUCUUUUUCGAGGAAUUGGACAAGCAUUUCUCAAGAAAGGAUGCCAUGUUACUCGUCAAGAGUUUGUCGGCUAUCGAAUUCUUAGGCGACAUGGCCACGUUCGAACAUCCAUUUGAGGAGAUUCCAGCGUUCUGGGAGCAUGAAAUCUUACCCAACUUUACUGAUUGUUCUGUUGAAUAUGUCCGUGGAAUUUUGCUUUGCCGCAAGGAUAUUGAGACAAAGCGUAUUCCUCUGCUCAUAGAUGAGUUAUUGGAGAUUCAAAGCAGAUUCGAACCAACAGAGGAUAUGAUCCAAGUACAGACAUUGAGUCACUUCACAUAUGAGUGA